AGGAAAGCUUUAGCUAGGAAACAAAGGCAAGGGGGUUCAAAGGCCGAAAAGGCGAAGGGAGUAGUAGAAGUUUGUACUUGGUCAUCCUGAUAUCUCCCCUAAGAUCCUUCCGUGUCCAGUUCUUUCGCCUCUAUAAUCUCCUUCCCUCUCCCCUGCAAACUCUCAUCAACUCAACACCCCCUCCCCUUUUCUUUAUCUUUCAUUUCUCUCUCAAAUCUCUCUCACUGUGUUCGUGUUUGUGUUCGUGCGUGUCACUGUGUUCGUGCGUGUGUGUGUGCGUGUUUGUUUGGAUCUCGAUGUUUUGUUCACUCCACGCUCGGAUCCUCUACGAACUGUUCCAGACUUUUCGCUAGCUAGCUAAGCUGAGUCUUCCAUGGUUUCCUUCUUCUCAGCUCUCGGCCCGAUCGGACGCUUAAUCUGAGUUUUUCAAUCUGUGUCUAAUUCAGCUGUGAUUAUCCAUGAAUGAUGUUCGGUUGUUUUUAUGAUAUGAAAGUGCUUUUCAUUCAAAGCAGUGCUUUUAUGUUAGCUCGACUUGUAGUUUGUCCUGCUUGGCAAAGAGAGUACAGCAAAAAUAGAGCGUGUGGUAGGUGGAGUGCAAGUAUUGUAAAGUGGAAAAAGGAAAUAGAUGAUACCCUUUUGUGUUAAAUUUUGAUUCUUAUCCUCCCUUUUUGUUCUGGUUCUCAUCAUACCCUUUUUGUGGAAGGAAAGGCGGGUUUUGGUGUUUUGUCACCAUUUGAGAAAUGACUUGCAAAAGAGAUGACAGUGAUGAUGAGAUGCUCCCUAAGGAUCAGGCUGAGUCUCCAUUGAUUAAUGAAAGUAAUGGAGGAAGUUCUGGUGGAGGAGCUGUUCUGAAAAAAGGGCCAUGGACAUCUGCUGAAGAUGCAAUUUUGGUGGACUAUGUCAAGAAGCAUGGGGAGGGGAAUUGGAAUGCUGUUCAAAAGCAUUCUGGGUUGUUCCGAUGUGGCAAAAGUUGUCGAUUGCGAUGGGCAAAUCACCUCAGGCCAAACUUGAAGAAAGGCGCAUUUACAGCAGAAGAAGAACAAGUGAUUAUUGAACUCCAUGCCAAGAUGGGAAACAAAUGGGCACGGAUGGCGGCACAUUUGCCCGGUCGUACAGAUAAUGAGAUAAAGAACUAUUGGAAUACUCGAAUUAAGAGACGUCAACGGGCUGGCUUACCUCUUUAUCCCCCUGAAGUUACUGUGCAAGCAUAUCAGGAGGGUCAAGUUGACCAAAACACUGGUGGAGUUGAUGGUGAGGAUAGAGGACAGCAUGAUCCUUUGCAAAGUAACAAUUAUGACAUACCUGAUGUCAUAUUUGACAAUUUGUCAGCCAAUCAGGGUAUCUUACCUUAUGUCCCCGAACUUCCUGAUAUCUCUGUGAGUAACAUGCUGUUAAAGGGUGUUGGUUCUUCUCCUUACUGUACCCUGCCACCAAUGUUGCCUCGGCAGAAGCGUUUUCGAGAAUCAACUGAUUUAUUCCCUGGUUCAAGUGGUAGUGUUGGAAAUGGGUUCCGCUUGUUUGAGCAGUUUCGUGAUGACACUAGUCAUAAAGUUGCUCGAUCAAUUGGAUUGUCUUCUCCUCUUGAUUCUGAUCCUACCACUAAGAACUCACAAUCUUUUGGUGUAAUUCAGGGUAGCCAUUCCCUCUCAAAUGGCAAUUCCUCUGCUUCUGAGCCCACUUAUGGGGCUUUGAAGUUGGAGCUCCCUUCACUCCAAUAUUCAGAAACUGAUUUAGGUAGCUGGGGCACGUCUCUCCCACGUCCUUUGCUUGAGUCAGUUGAUGCUUUUAUUCAGUCUCCUCCACCAUCUGGUGCAUUUGAGGCAGAUUGUUCUUCCCCACGUAAUAGUGGUCUGCUGGAUGCUUUACUUCAUGAGUCGAAGACUUUGAGAAGUGCAAAGAAUCGAUCAUCUGACAAGAGUUCAAACUCAUCCAGUGCUACUCCUGGUGAUAAAGUGAACAGUUCCACUUUGAACAUUUGUGAGACAGAAUGGGAAGAUUGUGGGGAUCCCAUUUCUCCACUGGGUCAUUCUGCAACUUCACUCUUCAGUGAGCACACUCCUAUCAGUGCAUGUGGAAGUUCAUUGGAUGAACAACCACCUGCUGAGACCUUUACUGGUAUCGCUGUGAAAUCAGAACCAGUGGACCCAGCGUCAACACUAGAUAUGGAAAAAGAAACCACAACUAGGUUGAAUUUUAGUCGGCCGGAUGUUUUACUCGCGUCAGACUGGCUUCAGCAGAGUUCUGGGUAUAUUAAGGAACAAAGCAUAAUGUCGGAUGCUAUUGCAACACUUCUUGGUGAUGAUCUUGCUUCUGACUACAAGCACCUGGCUUCUGGAACUUCCAUAUCAAGUCAAGGAUGGGGGCUUAAUUCUUGUCCGUGGAAUAACAUGCCUGCUGUCUGUCAAAUGUCUGAUCAUCCUUGAAAAAUGCUGUCAAUUUUAUGAACUUGAAACUUUUGUCUCUUCGUUCAUGUUGUUGAUUUGUUUAAUGUGGGUUUUAAGGCUACUGAGAAAUGUCUCUAGCGGGUAACUUCAAAUUUAUGAAUCACAUGUGUUGUGGGUGUUUUGUUUGUGUGCUUUGUAUUUCUUUGUCUUUCAAGUAGUGUAGUGCAUAUAUACCAAUAUUGAACUACAUGAGGUAUACAAAAUGCAUCGAGGCUUUUUUUUUUUUUUUUUUAGAAUUGUAAAAUAACUACGCAUGUCAAAUGUGGAACAUUGUAAUCCUGUUUGUUUCUUAUUUGUCAACGUCAAUUUGCUUGGAUUUCUCUGUGGUC